GGUUCGAAUCGGAGACGAGUUCCGAGGUCAGGACGGUUUGGGCGUUUGGUGAUCCUGGGUGCGGCGGCAGAUGAAGAAUCCGCGCUCUGAUGCCGCGCCCGGCGCUAGCAGCUCGCAAGGAUCCGGAGAAGCAGCCUCUUGGAGGAUGGGAGGGCGAGAUGUCACCGGGGUGGAGACAGCAAGGGCACGGACAGGCGAGAAGAAGAGCAAGUUCGAAAGCACUCCGACCUCCAUGGAUCUCGGCAUGACUGCACGGGAUGGCAGCGAGCAGGCUCUCCGUCCCAUCAACCAUGAACCGGAACAAGGACUGGGGCAGAUCGAAGGCUUUGACUGCUGGGAUGAUGCUAUGCUCAAGGAGGAGAUCGAUUACUUUUACAAGCGGUACCAUGCCCUUCCUGCUAAUGAUGACUACGAGGCUUGGGCUCCCAUCAGUGACCACCAGCUUCAAGACAUGGAGUUACGGUUCGCCAUAUGUCGCAUCAAAGCUCACAAGAUGUUGAAGGGAGAGGACCUGAGCGUUGCAGAACUGAGAAAUAUGUACCCUCCGGCCAUGCUUGAAGAGGAAGAGCAUUUUCGCUGGGUUGAGCGUGAUUUCGAAUGGUACUUUGAUCCUAAAUACUGCGAGUUUGCUCACUUGGAGGACUACCAGCGGUUAGCUCUUCGUGAUACUUAUGAAUAUCUAGAUUGGGAGUUUUACCACAAAAAUUGUAAUACACUCCAGGGCGAUCGAGAAUAUGUUUAUUUCUGGGAAAAACUAUCAAGUAAAACUAAGUGGAUUAAGAAUUUCAGAGGCGCCAAACCAAGUGAGCGGGAAAGAUUUGAGCGUGUGGUCUUUUACCAUGUUGUGAAGAUCGCAAGAGAGUGUACCAAUUGUUUUACACCUUUGCUUGACAAUGGCUACUCUGAAUAUUUGUGCAGCAUUAGGUUUGAUAAUACUUGGUAUGAAGACUAUGCUAGUCUCUAUUUUGAUAUUUGGAAACUGGUUGCUAAGCAAAAGAUGACUUUCAAAGAUGCUUUGGAUCAAGUGAAAGAGAAAGGCAUGCACUCCUUGUGCCAUUUUGAAUUGAAAAUUGAGCUUGACAGUGAUCAACCUUGGUUGAUUGGUCCGGUGACAAAGCAUUACAAUACCUAUGUGGCUGAAAUUAAAGAAACUGUACCAGAGGGUGAUGCAUAUAAAAUGGUCAUGGAGGCCGUCAAAAAGUUUGUUGAAAAACCCAAGAGUUAUUAUGAUUAUGCCAAAAAGAAGUUGGAUAUUGCAGAGAAAAUCGGUUUGAUCCUCCCCAGCCCAAGUAUGUAGAUGACAUGCUUAUUCAACAAGGCUCAAGCUCAACGUGGCAAAACAGUUCAGAGAUCCCAGCAUAACUCGGGAAGGUCGGAAGGUUCUUGCCAGCCAGCCUGAACGGUUUUUCUGGCAGACGUGUCUCCGUCGCUUCUGAUUGGCAAAACAGGGGCAUGAUCGGUUCGAAAGCAAAAGCAGAUCUAACCCUGCCGGUGCCGGGGCUCAUGUUACAUACUUAAAUCGUAUCAUUUUCAGUGAACCUCCAUAG